UUUUGAAUGGACAUCUAAGCCAUAAACAAAUAAAAACAAAAUAAAUUUUGAACUGGCAUUAAUAUGCUCCUUGAUAAGACGUCUAUAUGUACACGUUUGUGCUUCUUCGUAUGAAAUGCAUUUUGCGCUGUAUCAUCCCGAAAUCAAUUGGAAAAUAAAUAAAAUGCCAUCAAAAGUCGAGGGAAUAAUAUAAAACAAGAGGAUUAAUUGAAACUUGGGAUAGUUCAAUUCCCGCAAAAUUACGUGGCGGACUUUAUAGCACCCAAAAUACAUAUGCAUAUAUGUAUAUAUAUGUACACUGAUAUUUACAAUCAAGUUAAAAGUCAACUCUAUUAAGGUUCGAACGGGAAACUUCGUGUUCACAUCGAACCUUUUUUACUCAACUCGGUUAAUCAUCUGUUGUUGAUUUGCUGACUCGUAGAAGAAGAAGAAUAUGUGAAGAAGAAAACAGAAAUAGUAAAUAUGGAGAAUUUCAAAGUACCAACGAAGCCAACUAAUUCUGCGAAACCUGAAUCUCUUUCGAAGAUCACUAAUAUAUCGACGAUUGAACAAAGCAGCGAAACAACAUUUGAUGAAUUGCCGGGUGAUAAAGUUCAAUGUAAUCCUUACAAAGUACCGCCAUGGUCGUCGACGCCUUCGAAAGACUGCAAAUAUAGCUUUGAAAUAUUAAAAUCUGGGCAAAUUAUAGAAAAAAUUGAGGAUUUGCAAGAAAAAGCUUUUUGGACAUUUGGUCGUUUACCCGAGAAUGAUAUAGAGAUGGCUCACCCUACUAUUUCUAGAUUUCAUGCCAUUCUGCAGUACAGAUCGAAACAAGAAAUAAAUGAAAAUGUAAAUUCAUCGGAUACAUCAGAAGAGAUUCCUGAGGGAUGGUACGUAUACGAUUUGGACAGCACUCACGGUUCUUUCUUGAAUAAACAAAGAAUACCUGCAAAAGUUUUUAUUCGCAUUCGAGUCGGUCAUAUGUUGCGCUUAGGAGCUAGCACGAGAUCUUAUAUAUUGCAAGGGCCUGUAGAGGACGAGGAACCCGAAUCUGAUUUAUCCGUAACGGAAUUAAAGAUAAAACGGAAGGAAGAACUAGAAGCACUAGCUUUGGAAAAGCAACGCAAAGUGAAUGAAGCAGAGGAACGAGCACGUAAUGAAGGUUGUUGUUGGGGUAUGGGUGAAGAUGCUGAUGAAGAAACUGAUUUAUCGCAUAAUCCUUAUGCUACUACCAAUAAUGAGGAAUUGUUUCUGGAUGAUCCAAAAAAAACGUUAAGAGGCUACUUUGAGCGUGAAGGUUUACAGUUAGAAUAUAAAUGCGAUGAAAUGUCGGCUGGUUCGUUUGUUUGUCGGGUUGAAUUACCCAUUGAUGAUAGCAACGGUAGACCCAUUGUUGCUGAGGUGGUGCAUAAAGGUCGCAAAAAGGAAUGCGUAGUGCAGUGUGCUUUGGAAGCUUGCCGUAUUCUUGACAGACAUGGUGUUCUACGACAAGCCAACCAAGAACCACAAAAAAGGAAGAUGAAAAAUCCAGCUUCCGAUUCGGACGAUGACGAAUUUUGGGAUCGCACAGGAGACGUAGCAAGAAAAAAGCAAAGAAAAGCUAACAUUAAUGCGAAUGUUAGCCUAACCCAUGACGAUUUGCUUAAAAAAGAAUCUAAUUUGGAAAACAAUCUGCGGGAAAUUGAAGCCAAACUUGCUUCUUAUCAGGAAAAACGUAAACGUAUAAAAGCCCAAAAUAACGAGAACGGUGAAGAUUUGGACAGUUACUUACAAAAUCUGAACGAAGCAGGAUCUGAGCAGAAUAAGAUUAUGAUAAGAAAAUUAAGGCUUGAGGAACAACAUCUGAAAACGGAGCAGCAAAAAGUACGAAAACUUAUUCAAAUUACCAAACCAGCAGAUAUACCCUGUGCUACAGCAUCACAAAACGUUGCAAGUAAAGCAGAAAAUCAUAAAAAGUUAUUGCCUAUGAUAGGCAAACGGAAUCAAUUUAGUAAAUUUAAAAUUAUUACCGCAACUACACACAAAGUGGAAAAACCUAAGGGCAAUAAAGCUUUAGCUUCAGAUGAAGAGGAAAUGGAAGAAGAUGAUUGUGAUGAAGAGGAGAAACCUCAAGAUAAUAGAAGCAACGAACCAAGGGAAGGUGAAGGCAAUGUAAUGGGACUUUUGACGCCAGAAAAAGAAUAUAUAAAAGAUGGCGACAGCCGUGAAGCUCAAAAAUUGCAUUUAGACAGGAAUAAUAUAGCAAAUGAAAACGUGGUCGAAAGUAAAAGUUCGGAGGAGAAAACUAAGCAUUAUGGGCCUUGUGUUAUGCCUACUAAUAUUUUAGCAAAAAGUUUCCCGGAAAAAGAUUCAGCAACAAUCUUAGGACAGAAAUCUGAAGGCCGACUUGUAUCAAAAGAAAUCCAAAACAAAAAUGGAAAUAAAACACAUUGUCCCUUGGAUAGUAGUAAGGAAAGCAAUUGUUCGGACUUAGUAAAGCGACGUCAUCGUUCACGUCACAGACGUCAAGAAGUCGACAUAGAUGAUGAUGAUGAGCAUUACGAUCCGACUGGUAAAUAUGCUAAAUGGAUUCCGCCGGAAAAUCAAACUGGUGACGGUAUCACCGAGCUAAAUAAAAAAUAUGGUUAUUAAGUGUUUUAUAUGUUUGUAGUUUGUAUAAUAAAUUACACUUAUUUAUGUUCAUCGUAAAA